UUGUUGUAGUUGUUGUUGUUCGGUUUGGGUUAGUUCGAUUAAAAGCCAAUGGCAAAUGUUGGAACAUACUCAGUUUAAAAGAGACACCUUCAUCGUCGUCAUUGUCUUCGUUUUAGUCGUCGUCGUCGGAUGAAUCCACCAAAAAAUAAAAAAAAGAAACAAAACAAAAUAAAAAUAAAGAUACAAAUUUUGGGCAAAAAUAUAGUUUUUCUUCGUUGUACCUCCGCCGGAAUUGUUUUAUGUUUUAUAACCAACUUAAUUAAGUUACAAUCGAUCAAUUAAGCUAUCAAUAUGUAAAUAAACAAAAAUUCACACAUGAUAUUGAAUAAAUAAUGACGAAAAUAAAAUAGACUUUCAAAAAGGAAUUGAUAUAGAAAGUUAAUUAAUUAAUAAAAUCUAUAUUUUUUAAAUAGAUACUUUUUUAAAAAAGCAACACAUUUUCGUUGCUUCUGCUUUGAUUUGAUUUGCUUUGCUUUGCUUUGAGUUGCGUUGUUGCUUUAAAAGUGAGGUGAGGUUAACUUUUGCCAAAUCGAUAGCCAGCUACAACGGUACUAAUAGCUACAUGUACCAAUAGAUACUUAGAUACUUUGUGAAUGAAAACUCCUUUGAUGCACCCAACAACAAAAAAUAAAACCCGUUGCACAAUACCGUUUGCCAUUUGUCGUUUGUCGGUCAAAAUCAACAUUGUUUUUUUUUUAUUUUUAGAUUUAAUUGAAGUUAAAAAUUGAUGCAAAAAUGUAAAAACCAAAACAAAAUAUAACUAAAAAAAGCAGAGAAAGCUUGCGACAAAGCUAAAGAAAAAAAGAUACUCGCGUAUCUUUAAGAGGAUUGUGUUUUGUGUUUGUUUGUAUUUUUAUUCGUUCAUCUGUUCGUCGUCGUUUUGUACCAUAAAUUGGCAUUCUCUUGAAAAAGUAUCUGUUGGAUUAAGUUGAGUGGUAUAAGAUUCGGAUUGGACUGACUCAUAGCUCCAAGGAAGAGCAAGUGUUGAGAGUUCGGUCUUCCCAGUCCCAGCCUUUUAUUUGUUCUGUCUUUUCCAUUUUAAACACACCAACUAGUGAAUUAAGAAAAUAAAAAAUAAAAAAGUAUCUAUCGAAUAUCAAAAGUAUCUAUAAUACCUACCCAUCGAAUCGCCUCGCCAUUUGUCUAUUUAAUCGCUAUCCGGUGUAUCGGAACUACGGUGCGUUGGCUUUGUUCGAUUCGAUUCGAUUCUUUAUUUAUUUGUGCGGGUUUUGAUGUGCGUGAGUGAUCAAGCCUGUCCAACCGGCACAAUAAAAACAGGAACAGGCCCUUUUGUGUUGAGCAUACUCUACGGUGACAGCGGCGGCGGGCGUCGACUCUAAUUUUAAUAUUUAUUAGUGCACUCACACUCACUGAAUGCGCAGAGAGGUGUUUAUUCAUUCAUAAUUCGAUCGUUGCUAGGUAUACCCCACAUCAUUAUCUAACAGGUGAAAGAAUCGCUCUUUGUGUAAUGUGAUGUGAUGUGACUAUGCGUAUGCAUGCUCCUUCGGUUACGUCAUUAUAAGGAUUUACUUGGUUAAGUUGACAAGUAGGAUCCUUACAAACAGCAUCUCUAGAGCUGAGUUAUCCUCCACAUACAUAAUAUAAGAGAAAAGAAGACGACGAACGCUAGUGUCCUCUUGUAGACGACGACGACACUACAGAGCAUUACAGCAAAAUAUAUAAAGGACAAAAGGACAUUCAACAAUUAUUAUUAUCAUCAUCGUCAUCGUCAUAAUCACAAACCUCCUCGUGCUCCUCGUGUAGGAGGCUGGAGGACUAAGCAAAUAGCGAAAAUCAUCUUUCUCUGCGCAGAAGAGGCUGCUGGGAAAGAAGAGAAGGACUUUCGGCGGCGUUGGCAGUAGUUUGGCAUAGCAGAAGAGGAAUAGCAAGUGAGGAUAAGAAGAACAAGGAGAAAAAUAAAAAGAAGCAGAAGAGCCAGGAUGUGAUGUUUUCACAACUGACAAAUUGAACAAUGGUGCUAAAAACAAACAAGGAAUUGAUUGAAAAAGGAUUUGAUUAAAAAUCUUUUUCUUCUUUAUAACUGGAACUAUUUUGGAAAAAUUUUAUAAGGACACCCCUGAGCUAACUUGAAGAAAGGAGCAACAUCACCACCAACCUCAACCACCAAGCGCAACUCUGAGAAUACAAAAGACAUCACGACAUCUUUUUGCAUUCAAAGUCGGGGCUGGGCGGGAGAUCUUUUGAAUUUUUAACAAACAAAAAAAAAAUAAACGAAAUAAAAUAAAAUAAAAUAUUUAUCAAAUAAAAAACUACAACAAAAAGACAAAAUGGGGCUACCACCAUCACCUUUAAGGCGAAGAAGCUGUCUGAUUGUGACAACUGUUAUUGUUCUGGUGCCUUUCACAGUCCUCGUGUUAAUUGUCGGUCCAGAUCUCUCAACAGAACAAACCCUAUCACAGCGCCUGGCGGAAUACCAAAUGCGCCUACAAUAUCUCGAAUCAAUGUACAGGACGCGACAAGAGGACGUGGCGAUACUCUCGCAAUAUCUGGGACUGUCGCAAAGUCCUACAAGCAGUACGAACAGCGGUCCAGGUGACAACACCUCCCACAUACCAUUCAAUACGUCCUCCAUGCUGGAGGCCCUCAGUCCAGAGGCGAGAUUGAUUUUGAAAAAUUCCACCCUCUCAUCGAGGUUCCCAUCGAGUUUGAGAAUGCCAACGGCAUUCCAUUUCCUGCCGCAUCUUCUCGACGACCCGAUGUCGCUUAAGCCAUCGUUCCUCAUGUCCAAGGGAAGAACUGGUGUGAGUAUAGUCCUUGGAGUUCCUACAGUCAAGCGCGACAAGCAAUCCUAUUUAAUGAGUACGCUCCAGAAUUUAAUCACGAACAUGGACGAAGUCGAGCAGAACGAAACCCUGAUAGUAGUCUUUAUCGGGGAAACGGACAUGGACUACAUUAGUCUGACGGCAAAGCAAAUCGAGGUCCGUUUCGGUUCGUACAUCGAAAAUGGACUCAUUGAUGUGGUUGCACCGUCGGUGUCGUACUAUCCGAACUUCGAUAAGCUGCGGAUAACACUGAACGAUCCGCUGGAACGUGUCAAAUGGAGAUCCAAGCAGAAUCUGGAUUUUGCCUUUCUCAUGGCUUAUGCCCAGCCUAAGGGCACCUUCUAUGUCCAGCUCGAGGAUGACAUCCUCGCCAAGCGAGCUUUUGUGACAAUCAUGAAAAAGUUUGCCAUCGACAAGACAGCCAUAAGGGACAACUGGAUUGUUCUGGACUUUUGCCAGCUGGGUUUUAUUGGCAAAAUGUUCAAGUCAGCCGAGCUUCCAUGGCUAAUAACAUUUUUUCAAAUGUUCUACAACGAUAAGCCUGUUGACUGGCUGUUGGACCAUUUAAUCGACACAAAAGUCUGCAAUUGGGACAAGGACCAGAAACAUUGCAAACAAGAGAAGGCCAAGUACUGGUUUCAUUACAAGCCCUCGCUAUUCCAACACAUCGGCACCACUUCAUCACUAAAGGGUAAAGUGCAGAAACUUAAGGACAAGCAAUUUGGCAAGAUUCCAAGCUUCUACCCGCAUCACAACCCACCGGCCUCGGUCAAGACGAACAUAGCACCCUACAAGAAUUUCCAUCUAAAUCGUGCGUAUCGGGGGGAGUCGUAUUUCUGGGGACUCCUACCCCAGCCUGGCGACUUGGUGCAGUUCGUUUUUAGUCAUCCAAUUAGUUUGAAGAGGUAUCUAUUCCGGAGUGGCAAUAGUGAACAUCCAUCGGAUAGAUUCUACAACACCACGGUGGAGGUGCUCCCGGACUCGUUGACUGAGACAUCGCCGAUUUGGAGUACGUACAAUUCGACGGCAGAUGGGUAUUUGAUUGUGGGUGGAUUCGAUGCUUUUGGGCUGGCAGAGGGUGCUAUUGAUCCGAAAAUUGGAACGAUAAAAGAGAUCCGGCUACAUGUGCACAGCGAUAGUGAAAAUUGGGCGUUAUUGAGUGAGAUUCAUCUACAAGAUUUAAGCAACAAUGUCAGGUGACCACCAAAGCCAAUAAUUCGUAGAAAAUUCUCACAACAGGCAUAAAACAACACCCGUCUCUAUUUUAAGAGCUUUUGCCAUAAAACAAAACAAAAAACUAAUAAAUUCCUUAAGACUACAAGUAAAAAGAAACAAUGAACCAUUAACUAACAAUAAUCUAAAUAUUGUCUACAUUUUGUAUAAUUAUUAUUAAUAUUAUUAAUAUUGUUAAAUAUAAAAUAAAGAAAAAACAAACUAAGUAAACAAUGAACAAAAAAACAAAACAAAAAAUCAAAACUAAGGAUUUCCGUUACAAGGCGUGUGUAUAUUUUUUGAGUUUAAGCAUGAGCAGGCUUUUAUAUAAAUAUUUAAAUAAAUGUUUUUAGUGCUAACUAUGAUAGAACAAAACAACAACAAAAACAAAAAACAAAACAACUUUACACUUUAAGAUAAUCUAUUUAAACACAUUAAAUAUAAAUGUUUAAAGAAAAAAUAACUGAAUAACUGUGAUAAAUUAUAAAUGUUAAAUGUAAAACGAAAAACAAAAAUAAAGUUUUUAUUAAAAAAAAAGUAAGUAAAAAGAAAAAUGAAAUAAUAUGUGGUACUUUACGUGUAGUAAAAUUUAAUUGAAUCAUUAAUGAAACAAAACAAAACGAACUUAAAUAGAGUAAAUAAAUGUUGUAGGCAUAAUUUUUUGAACAAUAAAAUAAAAAAACGAACACACUAAGCAAACACGAUUAAUUAAUUAAUUAAUAAAAUAA